ACUCUUGAACGUUCCGUGGUCCUCCUCCGCAAAUUCACAUAGUACCCGAGGAUUUGCGAUUCAUAAAACGUUUAAUUUCGUGUGCAAAAUCCAUAACGUUUUAUUUGUAUAGUAUUUUGUCAGUAUAUCAGCGUGUAACACCGGGGUUAUCAAUAGCUGCACUGUUUGUUUAUUGGGCGUUUGAAAUUAGACACCGCUGGUGUUUUAGCGUCCUCGUAGGCUGCGGAGGGAUACUGUGUUGGAACCGACAAUGUGGAGGCUGUUAAAAUGUCUACUGGGAAAAUGAAAAUGUUAGAAUUUUAGCAACUGAAAGAACGCAGGAAAUAUCAUAGGAGUUAUGAAUCUUGUGGUAUACAUUCUUUCUAUUUUGUGACGCGGACCGUACAACGAAACCAAGGCAGUGGGAGACGGCUUGAUAUCGUCGUGGCUCAGCAUCUAGCCUACAGUCCGGAGCGCAGGGAGGGAUUCUAUCCCGAACUUUAUGUUUUUCUCUACUUCAAGCGUUCGAUUUCCCGUUGGAUGCCAAAUAAUUGAAUAGAGCCGUUUCAAAGUCGGUUGCUGAGACUGAGAAGGGCCAAGUGAACAGCAGCAGAGAAUGGCCGCAGUGGGAACAGACAAGGAGCUCAGCGACUUGCUGGAUUUCAGCGCGAUGUUCGCGCCACCCGUGUCAAAUGGGAAGAACAGACCGACCACUCUAGCCAGCAGUCAGUUUAGAGGCUCGGGUAUGGAUGAGAGGAGUGGUUCCGCUCCCUGGGGCUCAGGAGAACAGAACAGCCCUUCUUUCAACCAGGGAACCAGGGGUUAUGGGGAAGCGGGCCAUUACAACGAGCACGAGGGCCUUGCCUCCACUCCUUUUAUUGGCCCAGGAAAGCCUGAGAGGGGACCAUACCCUCCUUUUGGAACACAGCCGGGCUUCAUGCCAAGUGAGAUGCCCAUGCCUAGUCCUGAUGCCCUCUCCCCGUCCGGCCUCAAGUCCAACUCCCAGUUCUACCCCUCCUACCAGGGCAACCCUCGCAGGAGGCCUCCCCAGGACAGCAUCGAUACCCUGCCAAAAAAGAUCAGAAAGGUGCCCCCUGGCCUGCCCUCCUCGGUGUACCCGUCGGCUUCAGGAGAGGAUUACAACAGAGACAACGCUGGUUACCCAGCCUCCAAGCCUGGCACUGUCUUCACUGGGCCCUUUUACAUGCAAGAAGGCCUCCACCCCUCCCCUGACCCGUGGGGGUCCACGGGGUCGAUGGUGCAGCCCGGUUACUCUGCUAUGAUUGGCAACUCCCCCCACCUGGGGCAGCCAGCCCCCUUCACUGCCAUCAACCCCCAGGACAGACUGAAACGGCAGCCACUGCCCCUCUCCCCCCAGAACUACCCCCUUCAUGGUAGUGAGGUCAAUGGGAGUCUCCCCUCGGGCUUCAAUACUGGCUCUGCUGGUUACGGAGUCCCCAACCACACCCCCACCAUCAAUGGCUCUGACACCAUCAUGGCCAAUCGGGUAACAGCUCCAGGAAGUUCAGGAGAUGAGAUUGGCAAAGCCCUGGCAUCGAUUUAUCCGUCUGACCACAACAGCAACACUUUCCCUCCAUCCCCGUCUACUCCAGUAGGCUCUCCCCAAGCCAUAGCAGGCUCUGCUUCUCAGUGGCCCCGGUCUUCUGGACAGGCCACACCCUCACCCAACUUUGAGGGAGGACUGCAGGCACUACAGAACAAGAUGGAGGACCGCCUGGAGGAGGCCAUCCACGUGCUGCAGCGCCACGCUGGGGGCCAGGGGGGCGCCGGCCUCGCUGACAUGCACAGUCUGCUCACCUCCAGCAUGGGAGGACUGGCCCAGGCCUUCAACAACGCAGGCCUGGGCCUGGCCAGCCGCCUGCCUGGACUGGUGGGUGGUCACCACGAGGACUCUCCUGGUCUGCCCUCUAGUGGUGGAAUGCUGCACGGCCACCACGGCCCCUCCUCCGGCCAGCCCGAGGGCUUCACCAGUCUGUCUGGACGCUCGACACACUCAUCUGCUGGCUCCGACAUCAAGCGCGAGGACAAGGAGGACGAUGAGAACUCCUCGGUCGCUGACAAGUCAGAGGACGAGAAGAAAGACUCGAAGGCCCGCACUCGAACAAGAGAGACGUUCUCCUUCCAGACCUUCUCCUCUACUCUCUCAGACACGGGAGCAGACAGUUGCAGUGUCACCUCGGUGACGGACGAGAACCUGACAGCGGAGGAGAAGGAGCAGAGGGAGCGUGAGCGUCGCGUUGCCAACAACGCUAGGGAGAGGGUGCGCGUGCGCGACAUUAACGAGGCUUUCCGAGAGCUGGGCCGGAUGGUUCAGGUCCACAUGAGGAGCGACAAGGCCCAGACCAAGCUUAUAAUCCUGCAGCAGGCCGUCCAGGUCAUCGUGGGCCUGGAAAAGCAGGUGCGAGAGCGCAACCUGAACCCCAAGGCUGCUUGUCUGAAGAGACGGGAGGAGGAGAAGGUGUCAGGUGUGGACCCCCAGAUGCAGCUGGGAGGGGGGCAUCCUGGCUUAGGAGGAGAUGGACACAACCCUGUGAGCCAUAUGUAAAGCCAGAUCCAGAUGAUUGUAAAGCCCUUAGAAGACGUGGCCUUAAUCUAUUAUCAUGCAUCUCAGUGUGGGUCAAUCCACUGUGCUAUCCAUGCUAGCACACUUGGAGAAGCACAUUUACAUGCAAACACACACUCUCUCUCACACACACACACACACACACACUCACACACACACAGACAAAGCCAGUGGCCACAUUCCUGACCUUGAAUACAAAAGCACCUCAUACACACACACACACACACACACACAGAGUUUUGAAGAAUCCUUACAGUAAAGAUACCCUGAACUCUGCUAAGAGACCGGUCACAGACAGAGGAAAGUUAACAAUGAUUUUCUGCCUAAUGGUCAUGUUUUUGUAAGACAUUUUAAGACGUUGCUUUACAUGUUGGGAGCAAAUUUGUUUGGAUCAAAUAGUAUUUUUGGAUCAAUAGCUCAUGUGAGCGAAACCUUAGGAUUUUUGUGUCCUUUAAUAAUCAUUUGCCAUUCCCAUCUGAAGAGGAGGUCUUACUUUAAUUAUGAGGGGAUAUCAGAAGACAGACUGUCUGCGUUUAGAUGUGUGCCUGAUAUCCACAGUCCACACAACACAGACGCUUGGAUGAGAUGAUCUCCUAACCACCCUAGUACUUUUUUUUCAAAGAUGAAUUGCAGGACUGAAGUGUGAGAUAGAAGCCGCCAACGAAGAGGCUGGACAUCAUGGUAAUAGAUGAAUAGGACUCCAUUUUUGUUCCUUUGACUAUAUCGUUGUAUCCCUGUCUAUAAGGGCUCCCUAGAAACAGAUCUGUCAGAGGGAAUAGUGUGUGGUGUGGGUGUUUUGGGUUAGAUCCAUAUGUCCUGGUGUCAUGUCUAUCCGUUCAUGUCACUGCCAUGAGUUUGGAGAGAAAAGACUGCCAUGGGUUUGAAGAGAAGAUUGCCAUGGGUGUGGAGAAAAAGACUGCUUUGGAGGAAGAUGCCACCAACACACAUCCAGACCAAGAACCAUGCCACCCACUAGACCUGAGGGAUCGAAUAGCUGUGGUCACCUCUAACUUCCUUAGAAUCUUCCAUCCUCAGAUCCUCCAUCUUCCCCCUCCCUGUCAAUGCUACCCUCUACCUUGAGCUUCAAACUCAGCUGAUGACCUGACCAUUGUUCCCCAGUGGAGAAAGUUCAGUUAGCAGUGCAAGCGUUUGUCCCAGGUCACACAUAAAUGAAGACUUAAUGUAAGAUGGGAUUGAAAGUCUAUUUUUAGUAGACUAAUGUUUAGUUGGUAAAGUAUGGAAUAAAUGCUUGCGAGACUUGAUAGAUUUUGAGGAAUGGAACCCCGAAGUGUCAUGGACACUCUUAAAUGCAUUCAACUGCCAUUGACUGACAUUGCUUUUGGUUUCCCUGUGUUAUGGAACACAGGGUAUAUUUUUGUUUUUCUGAACAAAUAUUGUUAUGAAACCUGUUUGUAAGAAUCCUCCUUUUUGUAGAAGUGAAUUAUUUGUUUGUUUUUUUAUUGUUUUUUACUCUGUAAGAUAGUCAUGAGUUUUUACUUUUGGAUUGCUUUUUUUUUUGUUUACAUUGUUUAAAUGUAAGACAGCUUUCAGUUUAGAUGCCAGGAACAAAUGUGUGUCUCUUUCUUCGCAAGCAUAUUCAGUCAGUAAUGUUGAGAAAUGAAGUGCCAGGUGAUAACGUUGUAGGAAACACCACCAUUUUCUGGUUGUAAUUUCCCCAUUUAUUAUUAAUGAAUUGUGGCCCACUUGGAGAAAGUCUGUUUCAGGAACUUCUGCCAGCCAGUGCUUAAUAUCCACUAUUAAAUGCAAUUUGGUGUAUUCCAGUACUGGCAAAGCUCACUAAACAAAUUCAUAAGAUUUAUAUGAAAGCUGUUGGUGAGACACAAUGAAGAUUUUUCUUCAGCUAGUUUAUACAUUUAUUUUCUUCAGUAACCAUAUAGCAUCUCUACAGUUGUUAAAACCUAUAUGUUAAAACAUUUCAUUGUGAAGGCAAAGUAAGAAAUGCAUGAAAAUGAAUCAAAUGGGGUGGCCUUAGUCGUUCUCCUGACUUAGGGAGCAUGUUAGAGUGGUUACUCACUAGUGCCUGAUUACUACACUGUUGAAUUGUGGACUCUGCAUUGUGCGAUCACAGCUUUGUGGCUUUAUCCUUUUGUUGUUUUACAAGGUUCAUGGGAGGAAAAGGUGUGGCAAAGUCUCGGUGCAUCUCAGUGAGCUCUUGUUGGUGCCCAAAGCAAUGAUUUGAUUCAAAUUAUUUUUAUAUUUUCUUUACUGCCACUCAGUUGGAGAUGAGGAUCCAUGUGAGCUGUUUCCGUUUGGCUCGGUGACCCAGUACUAGUUUUCACUGUCAGCUAUCCUCAAAGCAAACCAUUUACACUUCAUAAACAUAAGGCUUUUUCCUGGCAGGAUGUUUAGUAAUGUAAAUUUGAAAACACUGCACAGUGUCCGAACAGUUUUCUACUGGAAUAAACUUGUAUAGAUAAUCAUUUGAGCAGAAAUUAUGGGUACAAAAUAUGAGUUGCUCAUUAGUUUGCCGUCAUCUGAACAUUUUACACUGCAGACAGAUGCUGAUGUAUAUCAGUAUUUUAUUUCCUUAUUUUGGAUUGGUCCUUUCAGUCACGAUUACCUUUCAUUCUAUUGGUCUCCUUCCUCCAAAUUGUAUUGUUUCAGAUCAAAUUUUACUUGAUUUGUGUCUGAUAAAUGGACUUAGAAACUGUUGCGUUUCUCCGUGUCCAUCGUCGGAAUGUUGUAUACAUUAUCAUUAGAAUUGACCCUUUCAAAACGCACAACUAGUAUUUUGCCAAGGGAUCUUAUACGCCAGCCUUUUUUGCCCCUUCUCAACAGACGCACUGCUACAAAACCCACUGUCUCACUUACAUUGGGGACAGAGUCUACUACAUGUCCUCAAAGUGCCUCCAGUUUCCUAUUUUUUAUAUAUAAAGUAGAUAUUGAGAACUGUCGUGUAUAUAACAGUAAUGUAGCAAUAAAUGUGCCAUUUUUAAUAACAGAAAUAUACCUUUUUUCAAUGUCUUCCUUUUUGAGCUUGUAUACCUAAAUGAAAAAAGCAUUGUAAUAAAGGGUUAAAAACA